AGAGAAUGAGAUUUUCACGUUUUCAUAUAUAUAUAAAUAAAUAAAUAAAUAAUCGAUGCACUUGAGCUAGACUCUUUGUUUCGCCGUCUUUCAGUCCGUUUACCGAAUCCGGGGCGAUGGCGGCACUGCAAUACCUCGAAUCUCUCCGGAACUCCCACCCGGAGCUCGCCGAUUGGUACAAUUCCCUAGCAGAUCUGUAUCAGAAGAAGCUCUGGCACCAGCUCACUCUCAAGCUCGAACAGUUCGUUGCUCUCGCCGUUUUCCAGGCUGGAGAUGCUCUGAUACAACUAUAUCACAAUUUCAUCACAGACUUUGAAACCAAAAUCAACCUUCUCAAACUUGCCCAUUUUGCUGUUAUAGUUUCUCGCCAGUACUCAGAGAAAGAAGCAGCUGUUGGCUAUCUUGAUGGAGUCAUUGAAAAGCUCAGAGCUACUAGAGAGCAACGCAUGGAAGAGCCAGUUCUUUACGUUAAGAUGCAAAUUGCUAUCUGCAAGCUUGAGCAAGGUGACCAAAAAGAGUGCAAGAAACUUCUUGAAGAUGGAAAGAGCACACUUGAUAGUAUGACUGACAUUGACCCAACUGUAUACUCAAGCUAUUAUUGGGUUUCAUCACAAUAUCAUAAGUACCGCCAAGAAUUUGCUGAGUUUUAUAAAAAUGCUCUUCUUUAUUUGGCAUACACAACAGUGGAGUCUCUUUCAGAUUCAUUUAAACUCGAUUUGGCUUUUGAUCUUUCCCUUUCUGCUCUGCUGGGGGACAACAUCUACAACUUUGGAGAACUGCUUGCUCAUCCUAUUAUCAAAAGUCUUCUUGGGACCGAGGUUGAGUGGCUCUACCAUAUUCUCCAUGCUUUCAACUCAGGUGAUUUGGUUCGCUAUCAAGAGUUAUGUCGUGUGCACAAUGUGGCUUUGAGGGCCCAGCCCGCAUUAGUUGAGAAUGAGCAGAAGCUUCUGGAAAAAAUUAAUAUUCUCUGCCUGAUGGAAAUCAUCUUCAGCCGGCCAUCUGAAGAUCGGACAAUUCCACUGAAAAUUAUUGCUGAGCGCACAAAGCUCUCUAUUGAGGAUGUUGAGCAUCUCCUGAUGAAGAGCUUAUCUGUUCAUCUUAUCGAGGGUAUAAUUGAUCAAGUGGAUGGAACAGUUCAUGUGUCCUGGGUGCAACCGAGAGUUUUGGGGAUUCCCCAGAUCAAAUCAUUGCGUGAUCGGUUGGAUAAUUGGCUGGACAAAGUACACACUGCUUUGUUAUCCAUUGAAGCUGAAACGCCAGAUCUUGUAGCAUCAUAAUUUUUGUUUUAGUUUCUUUGUGCUCCUUGUAACAAUUUCUUUAAUUGGAUAAUUCACAAAGGCAAUGGUUAGAAAAGAGGAGAAAGAGACUAAUCUCAAGUGGUGUGGGCAGUAGGGCCAACUUUGUACGCUUCCUUUAGAUUUUCGUUAUCCUUUUCUCCAAAGGAGCAGCUCCAUGAACUUCAUUUUUGGCAUUUAUGAUGCGUGAGGAUAUAUGUUGGGAAAUCAGAAACAACAUCCUACUCCUCUUACUGUGUUCUUCUUAACUACAUUUGGAAUAUCAGUUAGAGAUUCACGAUAUAGCUAAUGGUGUUAUAAACUUGUCAUCAACAU